UGAGGAGGCUGAAAGAGCGUUUCAAAGAACCAACACUGUCGCUGCCUCUUCUACCUUCCAUCGAAGAUGAAGUUCAACAUAGCGAAUCCGACAACUGGUUGCCAGAAGAAGCUGGAAAUCGACGAUGACCAGAAGCUUCGUGUCUUCUGGGACAAGAGGAUCUCUCAGGAAGUCAAUGGAGAUGCUUUGGGCGAGGAAUUCAAGGGCUACGUGUUCAAGAUCAUGGGAGGCUGUGACAAGCAAGGUUUCCCUAUGAAGCAGGGUGUCCUUACUCCUGGCCGUGUGAGGCUCUUGCUCCACCGAGGCACUCCUUGCUUCCGUGGUUUCGGAAGGAGGAAUGGAGAACGUAGGAGGAAGUCUGUUCGCGGGUGUAUUGUGAGCCCUGACCUGUCAGUUCUGAACUUGGUGAUUGUGAAAAAGGGUGAGAAUGAUCUCCCUGGGCUGACCGACACUGAGAAGCCUAGGAUGAGAGGUCCCAAGAGGGCUUCCAAGAUCCGUAAACUCUUUAACCUUUCCAAGGAGGACGAUGUUCGCAAGUAUGUCAACACCUAUCGUCGGACGUUCACCACCAAGUCUGGUAAAAAAGUGAGCAAAGCUCCCAAGAUUCAGAGGCUGGUGACCCCACUAACUCUGCAGAGGAAGAGAGCUAGAAUUGCCGACAAGAAGAAGAGGAUAGCCAAGGCAAAGUCUGAAGCUGCCGAGUAUCAGAAGCUUCUUGCUAGUCGUUUGAAGGAACAAAGGGAAAGGCGUAGUGAGAGUUUGGCCAAGAGGAGGUCGAAACUUUCUGCUGCCUCUAAGCCAUCCGUAGCUGCUGCUUAAAUUACUUUAUGCUGAAGUUGCCUUUUCUUAAGAUUCUUAUUGAGGCUUUUGUGUAUGACGUUUCUAGGGCCCAGGCCUGGUUAAUUCUUUUGCUGGUUCUGGGUAAGGAGAGUUUCUUUUACAUGUUCUGCUAUAGACUACAACUUCUGUUGCAUCUAAGAACAAAAAUAUAUUUUGAGAUGUUACUUGUCUUGAAAUUGAUCAGGUUGGUACAUGAUGCUGUUCCAAUUAUUUGGCCCUUUUGUUUUCUUGUAGUAACUUGUGCUGAUAUUUAAUUUAUGGGAUUAAAAUCUUUCGGCAUCCCAACUUGAACGAAAUUUGCGACUUUCCUCCCAA